UGAAUAGUUAACCGCGGGAUUACAGUUGUUAACGUUGCACAUCUAUGUCUCGCUCAUCGAAAGAAGAUUGGGUUUGUAGUGAUCCAAAAUGUAAAAAUGUGAAUUUUGCUAAAAGGGACAAGUGCAACCGUUGUGACAAGCCUAGGAAGUUUGUGGCUUCAGGUAAUGCUGGUUUAGAGGUCGGGAAACAGCUAGCUGAAAAAAGCAAAGGUCUUUUCAGUCCAGAUGAUUGGAUUUGUAAGACAUGUGGAAAUAUCAACUGGGCACGUCGAAGUACUUGCAACGUGUGCAAUGGAUCGAAGGUCGACAUACAAGGCGAAAGAACAGGUUAUGGUGGAGGGUUUAUGGAGCGUGAUGAAGUAGUAGAGUACAGAGAACGCAGAGACUCAGAUGAUGAGUUUGAUGAAUUCGGUCGUAAAAAGAAAAGCUUUCGAAAAAAUCAGAGUGAACAAUCUAGCAACCAUGACUCGUCCAAUUUGGGUAACAAUUCUGUUACACGAGUUCAUGAUAAAGAUGAUGAGGACGAAAAUGGCAAUAAUAAAGGUGAUGACAGUGAAGAUGAAGAUUCUGGUGAUGAUGCUGAUCUCUCAAAGUAUGAUAUUUGGGGGGCAGAAAACAACGAUUCGGAUGAUGAGUUAUCAAAUCAACGAAAACCUGCAUCUUCACAAGAAGCUGCAAAAAACAAGUCACGAAGUCAUAGCCACUCAUCUUCUUCGGAUUCAGACUCUGAUUCUUCCUCAUCUUCUAGCCAGACCUCACAUUCAUCACACUCUGACUCAUCAUCAAGGUAUUUUGAAUUUUAAAUAUUUUAUAUUUACGGAAGUCAAUUUAUGUACUCAGGUUAAUAUGUUUUGGCCAAUUAGUUUUCUAUCAUUUUAUUCAUUGGUAUUUUUACUAUGUAUGAAUCGAAGAACUUUGGACAUAUUUCAAAAGCUGUUUACUGAUAUCGUAUAAUAUAUAUAGUUUUCAUAAGAUAGUUUUAGAUGUUAAUAACCAAGUAGAAAAAAACCACAGGGUUUUAGUGACCUAGUUAACAAUUAUUCAACAACUCAUGUAAGUAUUAACGUAAGCAACCGAAAAGCAGGUUACCAGAGCCAUCUCAGUAGCUAUGACUGAUGUUAGUGAUGGAUUCAGUGAGGUUGAAAAUAUAUUUGCGAUCCCAAGGUGUUCAGUGUCCUUACAAGAGUAAUAAUCUACUAAACUAUCAUGAAAAGUGAAGAACACUAUUUUAUUUAUAUACAUAAGUCGGUCCACCAGGGUGCUGGGAACCUGUGUGGUUGCGCCAAAGGAUUGAGCUAUACUAUUCAGAUUGUAAUGUCAAAGCCUAUAUGGUAAAUGCUCUUUACUCGAACACUAAUAGGCGAGUCAGAGCUUAUGACGAACUGUCAUUUGAUUUCGUAACCUCAGGUGGUGUCCGACAACACUGUCCAUUAUCUCCAUUUCUGUUCAAUUUCAUCAUAGACCCAGUGCUGGAAAUAAGGUUCUCGUCGUCUGAAUUUUCAAGAAUUGAUCUCUUCCCAGGAGGUCACUUAUCGAUUUGGAAUACUCAGAUGAUAUAGUCCUGUUUGGUGAAGACGCUGAUAAAAUGCAGUCUUUUGGUAGCACUGAGCAACAAUGCCAGGAUGUUUGGGAUGCGUUUCUUCCCCUCUAGAUGCAAGUUGUUGCUCCAGGACUGGCCUGCGUCAACACCUAAACUAAGGAAGUCUGAUCAGCCCCAAUGGGUUGGUAUCUGAUGAAAU